AUGGUAUCGGCACAUCCAAAGAGCGAAAACCUGGAUGACCUCACAAAGGCUCAAGUUACGCAGCAUGGGGUGCAAUCAAAGGGUGUUGAAAUUGGUACCACAGCGUCACUCGAAUCAGAUGAAGUCACGGAGGUUUCAGGAAACCUACAAGACCAAAAGGUAGUCGCCAUUGCCAACAGACUCGAUUUCAUCGACAUCCCAUACAAAGAGAGGCACUGGAAAGUCACACAUUACGGUGAGGCUAUCAUCCCCUCUCCAAUUGCGGUGCUUCCUAAGCCUCUCGCACUCAGUUACCGCAACUUUUACAAAUAUUAUGAGGAGCACGAGUUCAUGAAGCAGGAGAAGCUGCUGGUGUCCUACCCUCGAGUAAUCGUUGGCUGCACGCUUGUCUCGGCCUUGCUGCGCCACUAUUUCCCUGCGCAAGAGUAUGCCAUACGGGAGGUUUUCCCAGGUACAAUCACUGGAGCGGAGUUCGCACCUCAACCAGUUGUGGAUGGAGUUCCGGUUGAAGGUACCCGCCAUUGGAUUGUGCAGAGCAAUUCUGACUCGGCAAUCGUGGUCCUGGUAGUUAUUGUCACCAGCCAAGAAUUCCCGAACAUCCCAGCUCGCACACAUCCCACUCAGCUUGCUGUUGCGGCAAGCUUCCUCGACUCGCGCCACCGAUUGGCUGUUCAAGGCGAUAGAAUGUCCCGCGGAGUAGUGGUGCUCCUCUGUAGUGCCGGAACACCGAUCAAACCGAUGUUUGAGUUCUACAGCUUCGAUUCUGACCACCAGGAAAAAGGGCUGAUGGCGCCUAUUGCCCUGCAGAUGCAGGAUCAUCGCUCACCGGCUACUAAUAGUAUUUCGCUAAACCCGGAGCACGCAGACCAGAUAGACCGAAUAUUCAAGGCCAUCGUCCGCGCCUCGUACGUGCAAGAAGCUUGGCAUCAAUUUCUGUCAACAUCUUUAACGCCAAUGGCGUCGCUUCCACUCUUGCAGCUGCCACCGACGUCAACGCCAGUGGUGCCGACGUCAGCUCUACCCUCAAAGCGCAAGCUCAGACAUGACCCCAAGCCGAGACCAGCACACAAGUCCAAGCGCUCGAAGAUGAUUGAGAAAUUAAGCAGCCUGUCACAGACACCUACGCCGAUCGCCUCAGCCAACCUGUCACUGAUUCCCGCGCCAACAGCUCCAAGCUCACCCACCAUUACACCGGUUAUUGCAGGUGCAUUGGGUGACUCAACUCACCACUCAAUUGACGUUAGGAACGAUAAGACUCGCAAAAUGGAGCAUCAUGAGAUUAGUGAGGUAUACGUGCGCACUAUCAAACAGAACAAGGCGGGCAACCUGAUCGAAGAGAACGGCAAAAUGAUCUCGAACGGGAAGUCGAAGGCUAUUAGGAUGGUCGCGAAGUCUAUGGAGCAUACAUUCAGGCCACCGAAUCAUUCCUGA